GCCACUUUCGUUUUCCGCUUCAUUCACAAAAUCCUCUCUCUGAAACUGAAGUUACCGGCCGGCGGUGAGUUUAUCGCCCGAACGGAGUUUUCUUAAUCAGGGUUUUCGGCGGCGCCCGGUGGGGAAGCUCGAGCACGUUGAAUUGGACGUAUUAGGGCUGAGCUUAUCGGCGAAAUUGGCUCGUUGUCGUCGUCACUCUCAGUUUAUUUUGGAAGUCAGACGCCGCAAGGUGAAAAGAACAGGAAUCAGAAGCUUCCAUAACGUCCAAAGGCUUCUUGGUGUUGACAAACUCAGGGCUUCAUUUAUGGACCCGUUUGAUGAAAUUCUUUCUGAUCCUGGUGUCACAGCCCGCACUGGCGGUAGAUUUCAACCAAAGAUCAAACCGCGUCCAAAAAAACAAACUGUGGCACCACAAUUGUCCACACUAUCUCAGGAUAAAAAGGAAACAAUAUCAGAUUCUAUAUCUUGUCACGAUGGUAGUGGAGACACAAAAUCAAUCAAAUCAUCAUCCCAACUUCCUGUGAUAGAGGAGAACAAGGAAUCUGAAGAUGAUUUGUUAUUGGCUACCACGAUAUCUGAUUUCAAUGAUUGUUCACGUCCAAUCUCUGUGGAAAGUGCCGAAAGGGUAGACUCUAUGCAGUUUGAUUUGGAUUCUUGUGUUAGUAUUCUUCCUUCAGAUUCUACUACCGAUGGUCCAGCUGGAAGCGAAAAUCUGACUGAUGACACCAAAAAUUUGGGGGUAUUGAAUUGUUCCCAUCCAAGUGUCUCUACAGCUGAUGAGGCUGCAGUUUUAGAUCAAAGUGGACUAGAGUUAACUCAAACCGAGGAUGGGCAUUUCAGUGAUGGCAAAAUAGCAGGAGAGAAUAUAGACAUGUUUUAUGGAUUGGAAUGUCUAGAUGAUUUUCAUAACCAGCCGAAGAAUGAAGCAGAUCCUGCAGGUCUUCAGCAAGCUACAUUCUCCAGCGAGGAUGGAGAUUUGGAAAAACAAAGGUUGGAAAUAGAGGAAUGUGGGGCUGAUAUCGCCAAAGAUGGACUUAAUUCAGAGGCUACUACUCCAUCUGGACAUUGCAAGUACAGACCAAAGCCCAGAAUGAGAACUACAAAAGAAGACACUUACACCCAAAUCUCUCAGCCAGAAAUAUCUAAUAUGCUUCCACCAUCUCCACAAGUGACUUCUUGCGAUAAUAGAUGCAUCAAUGAAGCCUCAAUUGCUACCCAUUCAGAUGGCAUUCUUAAUGAUUCAUCGAUCAACUUUGAUGGUUACACUUCUGUCAACCAGGAUACUGAAGCACCUGUUAAUGUAGAGUCAUUAGAAUAUGACUCUUAUGGAGACAUACUGGUGGAGGAUUUUAAUUCAGAUGAUCAGGAUGAGAUGUCAAGAGGAGUGAGUGGUAAGAGUGGCAACGAAAAACCUUCAGUGGAACCAAAUAUUUCUCAGCAGCAAGAGAGUUUUCCCCAAGUUGUUGAAGAAAAUGAGCACAAAAAAACUUCAAGGAAGUUGAGAAAGCAGGUUUCUCAUCACCUUGAUGAUCCAGAAGAUGGCGUCGAUGAAAAUCAGAACUUCCCUAAUGAACCCUCUAAUGGAGAUGGCUGUAACAAAAAUGAAACCUCAAUAUCUCGAGGAAAAAAGGCUUCAAAAAAGUCUUCAAAAACUUCUAGUGAGAAUGAAAAACCAACUCGAAAGCGCAAGGAGGCUAAUAAAGCAGUUCCAGAUGUGCAAGCCGAAAAGCGUCCUAAGAAGUUCUCCCAUUCAACUCGUCGGAAUAGAAGGCAAGUAAACAAGGUUUUGCUUGAAACUCCGGAGGAUGAAAUUGACUUUCAAAAGAUAAGUUUUAGGGAUCUGAUUAUUUAUCAUGAGUACAAGGAGAAGUUAGAGAAGAAAGAGGCCAGCACAAGAAGACCAGCAACAAAUCAAAGAACUGACACUGUCCGUGAAGAAUUUUAUAAUGAUGAAGAGGAAAGCAUUGCUUCUGAACAAGGCAGAGGCAGUGAUGACGAUGAAACACCUGAUGUAGUUGACAUGACUUCUGCUUACUUCAAUUACCAGUCCUUCAUGGACAAAACGCCACGUACAAAGUGGUCGAAGCAGGAUACAGAGCUUUUUUAUGGGGCAGUUCGACAAUUCGGAACAGAUUUUUGUAUGAUACAACAGUUGUUUCCCGGCAGAACACGCCGUCAAAUUAAGCUUAAAUUUAAAAGCGAAGAACGCCAUCAUCCAUUACGUCUAUCUGAUGCUAUAACUAAUCGUGCAAACGACCACUCCCAUUUUCUAUCGGUGAUUGGGCAGCUGAAAGAAGCUGCUAAUAAGGCAAAACAGGAGGCCAAUCAAGAUGAGUUGACUGAAAAUACUGGGGAUGAAGAACUGCCAGAGUUGUCUCCUGAAACUAACGAGGAAGAAGUAGCAAAACCUGGAGAAGGAGAAGGAGAAGGAGAAGGAGAAGGAGAAGCGCAGAACACAGAAAAGGAAGAACGUGUUGGUGAAAUUCAUAGUCCAUUAAAAUCCGAUGCAGCAAGUGAUGAUGAUGAUCCUCAUAGAUGGGAUGAAUACAAAUUUGAUUUUUGAAGUUAUUCCCACUUAUUUGGUUUUACGUUUACCAAAAGAAGGAUAUAUUACUUUGUUUGAACUAAUUAGGGCCAAUUUUGGUUUUUUAUU